GGAAGGCCUCGGGUACCAGGCUAGAACCGGAAGUACAUCUUGAUCAUUGAAACGCUUCUUUUAUUGAUCGUUAUCACAAGUAUGCUUAGUUAUAUUACUAUACAGAGUAAAAAGUUGUACUGUCAAAAUGUAGAAGAAACUAAACAAAUAAAAUAUGUAGGCUAAUUUUUACAAUUUUAAAAGUAAGAAAAAGAGUCAUGAGCGAGCUUUUUCCUGUUGAACAUAAGUCUGCAGACUUAAGCAGUGAUGAAGAGGAGGUAGUGUCAGAUCUUUCCGAUUUUCCUGAUCCCAAUGAAGCCGAGGAGGAUUCGACUCCGCGACGUAAAGGGGUGUCAUGUGGAAUGGUUAGCAAGUCUAAGAGUGACUCUUUCUGUGACUGUUUAAAAAGGGGGAGAGAAAAAUUCUGCAUAUGCGGAGAGGAAAAUACAAAGUUUGAGUGGGUAUGGGACGAGGACACAAAGUCAGCAGCUAGCCUCAUUAAGGAGGAUUCCCGUGAAGUGAUGUUUCACAUUGAUUACAGCUGUGGGACUGCAGCAGUCAGGGGAACGAUGCCAAUGAAGAAUGAUCAGUACUUCUGGGAGAUCAAGAUGACAACUCCAGUUUAUGGUACUGACAUGAUGAUUGGAGUGUGUACCAGUGAUUUGGACCUGAACCAUUGUCGACACAUUUUCUGUAGCAUGAUUGGUCUGGACAGUAAUUCCUGGGGAAUGUCCUACACAGGACAGAUCCAGCACAAACAAAUGAAGGAAUGCUACUCUAGCAAGUUUGGUCAAGGGGCCAUUAUAGGAGUCCAUCUCGACAUGUGGCAUGGAACAUUAUCUUUUUACAAAAACAGAAAACUAUUAGGAAUAGCUUACCAUGGCCUUCAAGGCAGAACUUUGUAUCCUAUAGUGUCCUCUACAGCUGCCAGGAGUGGAAUGAAGGUGAUCAGUAACUGUUCCUUCCCCACUUCCUUACAAUUUAUGUGUUGUCAGAUCAUGCGCAAGGUCAUACCCUCUCACCUAGAUGUACUAAAGGAGGUCAACCUUCCUCCUGGGCUGAGGGACUUUCUGGAGAACAAUGUCCGGUGGCUCCUGCAACCAUGUCCCCCACAAAGUGUUGUCAAAGAUAAACCCAGAAAGAGGCUGGCAGACGAGUCUGAUUCAGAGGAAGGAUCCAGUACCAAAAGGUUAAAGACAUUGGAGGAUGGUUCAAAUAGGUCGCAAUUUUAAAAUACCAUGUGUGAAAAGAUUCCUUGCCCAGACUAGAUGUUGAAUGUAUUUCAGAAGCAAUCCAGUGCAAAGAGGUCAAUAUGUGUUUUAAAAGGGACUCAAAAACAAUUUUAACUUCACAAUCAUCAUGUUAUUUGUUAAUUUCCUAGAAAUUGUCGUUUACUAGUAAUUCAUGAUAUAUGAUUUGUACCAAGCACUCUGUGGGAGUUUCUAUUUAGAACCUUGAAAAUUUUUAUCUUGCAAUGUCUAAGGCUGAUAAUGAUCACAAUAUUUCAUGUCUGUGUGUAGAAUUUAGAAAUUAUUUGUAGACCAUCAUUUUAAGCCACAAGAAUUUAUCAUAAAUCAUGUAUAUGACAAUAUUUAUGUUAAACUUAUAAAAUUGAACUGUGCAAGCACCUGCAAAGAUAUCAGGACUACUUCAAAGUCUUAAGAAUGAUGGCAGUUCUUCCUUGUUGGGGACAUUUCAUGUGGGAUCCACUAUUCAUUUUAUUUUAUUUUUCGAUUGUGGCACCCCUGCCAAUUUUUAUGGGGUGGAUAUAUAACCUUUAUUAUAUUAAGGCUAUAACAUUUAAUAUUUUACAACUAAACUGCAUAAAAAUGGGCAAUACGAGUUAUCCAGAUCCAUUCAAGAGUGUACGAGGAUUUUCUGUGUGUAUCAUUCCAUACUCCGGGACUGAAGGGAGUAUCCAAUAGAGGGUAAAUUUCCAUACAUCUCGACUGGACCUGAAUAAUGAAAUCUCUAUAACCAAAUGAUAUUACACGCCAUUAAAUUAAUGAAAUUCAGGUCAGAUAUUUAGGUGUUUUACAAGCUGGCGGUAAAAACGUAACAUCACAAUACAUUGAAUCAUGAAUACAUUUUAUUAACCAUCAUUUAUUUUAAUCUUUGUGUGUAGAUACAUAUUGCAUUGUGACAUCACUUUAUUUACCUCCGGCUUCAGCAGGGUAUACAAAAAUUACACGCACCUUGUCAACCAAUCUCAACUCCAUCUUACACAUUACACAAGUAAUAAAAAUAUAUAUCUUUGCUUGCAUGUAUAAGUAUUUUCAUCACCAUUAUUGUAUUAGCACAAAUUCUUGGAGAAUUUUAUUGUGUCGGAGGAAUUUGUUGCAGGUUGAUAUUUUAAUCAGAUACUCUGCAUCACCCUAUGAUUGUUUCAUGAAUUUUGACAUAAUGUUGAAAAUGAUUUGACUCUAUAUGUCGAUUAUGUUUUGACUAUGUUGAAAAUGAUUUCACUUUAUAUGUCGAUUAUGUUUUGACUAUGUUGCAGCAAGUGCUAUAUUUCAACAUUAUUUUAUAGAAAAAUUUGGAAUUAAAUUUGAUUUUUAAUGCA